AUGACAUCCAACAUCGCAGAAUCACUCAACGCUGCACUAAAAGCUGCAAGAAAUCUCCCCAUUGAUAUCUUGGUUGAAUGCCUUAGAAGUUUGGUUCAAAAGUGGGUUUGGAACAACUCAAAUAAUGCAAACGGAACAUUCACAAAAGUCUCUACAGCAAUAGAGAAUGGAUUGAGACAUGAUAUUGUUUCUAAAAUGAAGUAUGAGAUGGUCUUGUCUUUCAACAUAAUAGAAUACCAAGUUCGUGAUCAAAAGAAGAUAAAUUUCACAGUAAAUAUACAUAAUAGAACAUGUACUUGCAAUAGGUUCCAAGAAGAUGAAAUGCCUUGUGGCCAUGCAGUAGUUGUCAUUGCAAAGAGAAACUUGAGUGUGUAUGAUUAUUGUGCAAAGUUCUACAGAACAGAAACGUUGAAAGCAUUGUAUCAAGAAAAUGUUCAUCCUUUGCCCCCAUAA